AUGAUUAUUAGAAGUGAUAUCAGGAGGAUAAGGUUAAAAUGUAAUAUGGAUAAGGUUGACUGUGGUUCUCUUGAUUUGGCGGCUUGUGGUGCUAUAUUUCGUGGCACCAGAGGUGAAAAUGUUGGAGAUUUUUCUGCGUGUAUUGGUGUGAACAUUGCACUAUUUGUUGCAUAUAUGGUUCUUAUUCUUGCUAUUGAGAAGACCAUUGAAAGUGGUUGGGGUCAUAUUUCGCUUUAUUGUUACUCUUCCAUGGUUUGUAAACCUCUUGUUGAUACUGGUAUAGUUUCCUGA